AUGAGCGAGGGUGUCAAGCUCAAAUUGCGUCAUCUUAUGAUUUCAAAUGCAGCACAACCAGAAAACCAACACAAAACAAGCGACAUGAAAAACAAUGGUAGCAACAACGACAGCAAUAGCAAGUGCAAGGGUCGUUCUUCUUGUCGUGCGACAUUAUUUGUUCGAGAAAUGUCAAUAGAGUUAAAUGUUCUGCUCAUGCGAUUCAAAGCUUAA